AUGGAUACGAAAAUAAAGCUACCACAGGCUCUGAAAGCUAAAGUGAUGCUAUGGACAGACGUAAGCUACCAUGACAUGGAGCAGAUCGACAAAAUGCAGUCCAUUCCUGAUCUGGAGAGCGCUUUAUGCGGUGUGUUUGCAGUUGACCUCCCUGAACCAAAAAGAGGAGUUCUGCUGGAGCUGUAUGUGCACACAGUGCUUUUUUGCAGAGAGCGCAGCUUCAAAAAGGAACAAACCUCUGCUCUCUUGUCGAUCAUCAAGUCCAUCCAUGAGGCUAACGUAGAAACUCCACUCAACAACAUAGAACAGUGUUUCAAAUACUGCAAGGAGCUACUUCUCUGUCACUCAGUCAGGCGACCCCCCUUUAGUAUCAACCUCUUCAGCUCUGAGGAGGUGACCUGUAUCUUAAAUUACAUCCACAACAGCUAUGUGAGACACUACAAACACUACAAAUAUAUUUUCACUCCACAGGUAAAACUUGAUUUGUCUUUGACUUACUCUGGGAUUCCAGAGCAGCAUGAACCUGCUGAGGAGGAUUCUUAUGCUCCAGAUAUUGAAAAUGUGAUGGAAAAAGAAGCGGAAGCAGUGCCGAAGUCCAGCAGCUCUCCUCAAACACAGGAAGCAUCCAUCACAGGACCAGAGGGAUCCACACUCGGUUCAAAAACUGAACUGAAGGCACUGAUCGAGAAAGCGGUCAGAGAGCAGAUGACGCUUGUGUCUAACCAACUAGAUCAGCGAAUGAGAGACAUGGAAGAUCACCACAACAGAGCACUAGAAUGUCCACCGCUCAACCACAAGGCCAAAAAAUAA